CUCAACGGAAACGGUUAUUUGUGACAAAAAGUAAACGAUAUCGUUGCGCAUAUUAAAGUGCAAUUCACAAACAAUUCGGUAAAGCACGCGCGUAUUUAAUGCAAUAAUACAAGCAAAAAAUCAUAUAAAAUUCAUAACCGUAUUCAACUGGGGGCAAUGUUGUCGUAAGAUGCGGCCCAAGAAGCACGGCAAGCCAAGGACUCGGCUCUAUGGACUGCUCUGCGUACCGUUAAUUCUGUAUGCAUGGGCAGCGGCCCAGGCGCAGGCGCAGGCGCAGUCGCAAAUAGCAUCAGUGCUAGCGGAUCAAGAUCUAAGUGAUGUAAAAAUAACUGUGAUUAGUACGCCCUAUACGCUAAGCUUUAGUGUGAGUGCUGAGGAUAAGGAGAAAUAUAUUAUCGAGAAUGUCACAUGUCCUGCAGGCGGCGCAACGAGCUUAACUGACGAGCAACUGAUAUGUGAGAAUUUGGAGCCCUGCACGAGCUAUACAACUGUCGUAACGCUAAAGGGCACAGCGGAGGGCGCUAAGGUCUUUGACCAAAUUGUUAUUGCCUAUACGGACUAUAAAAAUCCGCAAACGAAUUUGACUUCUGUUGUAGCCACAGAGACGACGAUACAACUGACUUGGGAGACCAGCGAUCGGGCCUGUGUGAAACACUUUGGGAUCACUGUAACUGGCCCGGACAGCACACUUUCCCGACAACCGUUGAAGGAGGAGAGCAGCGAUACGUUCGAGGAUGUCUGGCCAUGUCGGACUUACAACGUGACACUCGAGACAAGGAAUAAUGCGAGCGUUGUCGUUGACCAAGACAUGAGAUCUGUGGACACGGCCUAUCUGGAACCAGGCGAACUGCAGCUAAGCAUAACCAACCGCACCAAUGCGGACACGCAGGUUAGCUGGACAGAUCCAAUUAAUAAGAGCUGCAUUAGCAGCUUCACUAUUGUCUGGCGGCGCAAUGGUUGCAUCUCGGACGAGGAUCAGGAUACAACGACAGCGACUACAAAACAGGACGAUGAGACGACGACAGCCAGCACCGAUGAUUGGACGGGCCUAACGACUGUGUCUCAGGAUUUUGCGAUGCAAAGCGAGCCUAAAGUUGAGUGCGAGUGGAGCGAGUACUCGAGUGACAGCACAUUGAAACAGUUUACCCUGUCGGAUUUGCAGGGCUGUGCACUGCACACCAUCGAGAUAUACAUAAAUGCAGAGCGGAAUACAACGGCCAAGGCCACAGAGACCUUUAUAUCCGGCGAGAAGUUGCCGUCUGCUGUGUCGCAACCUUUCGAAGAGCUCAACUCGACGCAGCUGCGUUGGUCGUGGUCACCGCCCCUCAAUCAUGCCCAGUGCGUGGCCAACUAUCAUGUGAAUCUAACUGGACCCACACAGCGUUCGGAAUAUGCAAGUGUCGAGCAGUUGACCAGCGAAAGAUCCGUAGUCUUCGACAAGCUGGAGCCCUGUGGCGUCUACAAUGUGGAAAUCGUGCCUAUCUCCAUGAAUGGCUCCAGGGGCACCAAGUUUCAGAGUCCGACCACGCUUAGCGAGGAUCAGCCCACACAGAUUUUGGAGCCUUCGAGCAAUACGGGAUCCUUUUUCGUCGAGCUAACCUGGCAGAUACCGAGCUAUGCGGAUCUGUGCAUCGAUGGCUAUCGCAUCUCGGGUUGGAUGGACGAUGACGUAGAGGUUGAGGCACUGAGUGUCAGCACGCAAAAUAAUUUUGUCAGAUUUGACAAAGACCUAGGUGCCUGCCAGGGCUAUACCAUACAAAUAAUACCCUAUACAAAGGAGAAUCUGGAUGGAGAGCUGCGACAAAUCGAAGUCGAAACGAAGGCAGCAGUUGUUAACUACGAAAAGAUCACUUUCGAUUUGGUCGGCAAAGGAACCACGUCUCACAGCCUGGAGCUGAACGCAAAUAAUCUGGACUUCAGCAAUCAUUGCCAGACGAUCUAUGCGAACAUCAGUUGCGGGACCAGCUCAGACGUGCCCAACACUUAUGCAGAAAAGUAUGUGGAGAGCUAUCGCGAUCGUGGAUUUCAGGCGAUAAUUGAACCACUCUCUCCCUGCACCAAGUACACCUGCCGCGUAAUCCUCUACAAUGUGGCUGGGCCGUCGCAGGCGAAGGUCCUAACGGGUCCCCAGCUGGAAACGCUAACGUUCUUUCCCGAACAGCCUCGAAAUGUUCGGUUGGACAGUAGCAGCAAGCACUCCUUGAGCUUUAUCUGGGAUCCACCGAAAUAUCCAAAUGGACUCAUCAAAUAUUAUCAUGCAUUUCUAAUGCGCUACGAACCGGAUUACUUUGUGCCCAGCACAUGCAAAGCUGUAGACGAGGUGAUCAAGCCCGAAACUAAAGGCGACAUGAUGAUUACAUUCAACGAUCGGGCGCCCGCCGUCAAGUACAUUAUGCAGGUGGCUGCAUUAAAUGAUUUCGGCUUGGGUCAGUACACAGCGCCUGUAAUAGGCAUUACGCAGCCAGAUGUAUCGGACCCAGUCACCGGCUUAAAUGUAAGCUCAGAUGAUCUCGCGUUGGAUCCUAAUAGCUACAACGCUAAUGUAACAAUAUCCUGGAUUAUGCCCUGCAAAUCGAAUGGCCACAUCGAGAAGUUUGUAUUGGACAUUACGGGCAAACGGGAAGACCAGCAGAUCAGUUAUACAGAGCAUUUGCCACCCGAUAAACACGACAAGGAGGGACGCAUGGCGCACAACAUCACCAAUCUACUGCCCGAAGUCGAAUAUACAGUGAGGCUGGCAGUCAAGACAAAGGGCGUGGAAAAGCUGAGCGAACCUGAACAAAAGGAGUGGGAGUCACCAGCGGGCUUACCGUCUGGCCUUGGUGAGGAUUUAGUGGGUCAAAUGCGCGUUAGCGCCUAUGAUACAAAUCAUCCAACCAGCUCGGCAAUUGUUAAAUUGCCCCGUAAUAUAUUAAACUCAGAAUCAGGCAAAAUAAUGUAUGUGGCUUUGUUGUUAUCACAAAAAAGUUGUGCCGGUACCCCGGUGAUGACUUAUAAUGUAUCCAAAUCAUGGCCCAACGUGGCCUCCUGGGAUGAGGUGGGCGGCGAUUGCAUCUAUCAGUAUCAAACAACGCCCAAACACUGGAACCCCGAUGAGGAUAAUCAAAAUAAACGCGCUGACAACGUUGAAGACAUUUCAUUUACCAUUGGCAUAGACAAGUGUCCGGAUGAGAGCAAACGCUACUGCAAUGGACCACUAAGACCCGAUACAGAGUAUCAUAUGGUAGUGCGGCUUUUUACCACUUCCGGCUACAACGAUGCUGCACUGCUGGAGUUCAAGACGCAGGCGGCGAUUAAAGUGACGCUCAUCCUGGUCAGUGUAUGCAGCUGCCUACUGCUGGCAUUUAUACUGGGGUUAGUCGUACUCUAUGUGCGUAAGAGAAUAGCCUGGCAUCGUGACUCUGGUCAGGGCAUCGAGGAUCCUUUUGGCAACGUUAUAGCCAAGAACUUUGCCGUCUUCUAUGCCGAAGUGGCCAAGCCGGAAAAGUUGGCACGUGAAUUUAAGGAAAUUACUAUUGUGGCAUUGGAGCUGAGCUACGCAGCCUCCGAGUUGGGCAGCAAUAAGAAUCGCUAUGCAGAUAUCUAUCCCUACGACAAGAAUCGUGUUAUACUGGAUAUAGAUACUGAAGGAUCGGACUAUAUUAAUGCUUCAUUUAUUGAUGGUCACACACGGAAGAAGGAGUACAUAGCCACACAGGGACCAAAGCCUGAGAGCGUUAUGGACUUCUGGCGCAUGAUUCUGCAGCACAAUGUGCGCGUCAUUGUGCAGGUUACACAAUUCCGUGAAGGCAACACAAUCAAAUGCCAUGAGUAUUAUCCGUAUAACAUGCGCGGUGUUAGCGUCACAAUCAGGUGUAAGGAAUCCUUUGAGAUCUACGAUCGCACAGAGCUUUCGGUCGUUAAUGAGAAAUACGGCCUUAAGGAGAAGGUGAUACACUUCUUUUUCAAAAAAUGGCCCGAUCAUGGCUGCCCCGAAGAUCCCAAUCAUUUGAUCAACUUUGUGAAGAAAGUCAAGGCAGAGAAGCGUCCGAGUUACUCGCCAAUUGUGGUGCACUGCAGCGCAGGAGUGGGACGGACGGGCACUUUCAUAGGCCUCGAUUUGAUAAUGCAGCGCCUGAAGAGCGAAUCGAAAAUCAAUAUUUUCGAAACAGUCAAGAAAUUGCGAUUUCAGCGCAUGAAAAUGGUGCAGACCUUGCAGCAGUAUACGUUCCUCUACAGCUGCACCUAUGAGCUCGUGAAGCACAAGAUUCCACGUGCCGCACUCAAACUGGAGGUGCGGAACAAAACGGAUGGCACUGUGCCACCGUUAACUGCGCCAAAGAAGGUCAGUUUUCCCGAUACUGAUCUGAGUCGUGUCGAGGCAGCCGUGCUGGAUUCACCAGAUCCGGACUCCGGAUCGACAGCGGUUCAGUUGCCCUCCCGUUUUGGCCUGCGUCGAACGAAUGAUUUGGAUUCGUUGUAUGAACAACCAGAACGAAACAGCCCCCAACGCGGCAACGGCAACAGCAGAGAGUGCACCAUAUAAUUUUGUGAGCAUUUUGUGACGUCAUGCAUGUUUUCCAUUUAUUACAAAGGAAGUCAUGUGUGUGUAUUUAUUGUAUUAUACAAAUAUCAUUUAGCAGCAAUAACAGCCAAAGAGAAUUGUCUAACGCUAAAGCAUUAUACUGUGAAAAUAAAUAAAUAUAUAUGUAGAGAAA